GUGAGCUGGGUCAGUGUCACGGACCCAAGUACCUCUACAGCCCAUGACCCUGGAGAAGGCCGGUCCAAGAGGAAGAAGCGGCCCAGCCACAAGUUCGACCCAGCAACCUGGGAACUGGGGGAUAAGAGUUGGUGUGCGUUAGGUGGAGAGGCAUCGAGAAUCAUCUGGACUUGUACUCAUCUGGACUUGUACUCUCAUCCUGAUCCCCUUCUUCCUCCUCGAACCCUACCUCCCCUGAACUCCAAUUCCUCCUGUACCACUAUGAACUAGAGUAAAUCGAGUUGAGGGACGUAACAUAUGGUAUCAGAUUUGACUGAUUAUCUCCAGAAGCCCAUCUUCUCCACGCGCAAUCAACGUCACACCCUCGAAAUGGAGCAACGCAUCGACGAGCUUGCGGCAACGCUCAAGCGCAUCCAGGAGCAGAACGCCUCCAUCCAAGAGGCGGUGGUGACAUCGACGGCCCUUUUCGAGGAGGUCAAGCCGUCCGUGAAGGGUCUCGCGGAGUGGCGACCGGCGCUCGAGCGCUCGGUCGACGAUCUGCGCACCAAGAUCGGCAGCGUCCGCCGUGACUUGGACACUGUCAUCCGCAACCCCGCCCUCACCCUCAAGCCGACGGAUCUGCCACCCUUGAUCCCACGAUCUGGUGGUGGGACGACUUCGGAGGCGAGCAAGGACACGCACAGGCCCGAUGGCAGCCACGACGACAAUUCGACUUGGGGGUCUGGAUCUGGGGUAGUAACUACCCUCGUUCCGCCUCCGGCCAUGGGAAGAGGCUGGAUAUUUCUAAAUGACGCGAACCGCGUCGCACUGAUACUGGAUCAGCGGUUCGGUCGCAUCUGAGAGGGGCAAUGCCAUUGCCUCCGCCUCCAGGACGACCACCUCCCGCUCCUGUAGACACAGCUACCGAUCGUCGACCAAUGCCCAAUGCUAUGGCGCAACCAUCUCCAUCAACUGAUGAGAGAUUGACCACACUGCGUGCUUAUCGUCGCGCGCGAGGCCUCUGUUACUUGUGCGGCGAGAAAUGGUCUCGAGAUCACAAAUGUGCCACCGCAGUUCAGUUACACGUUGUCCAGGAAUUGUUUGAUGUCUUGGGAAUUCCAGGUUUGGAUGUGCAGUCAGAGCAUUCGGAUGCAGGCAUUGAAUGUCAUACUAUUUCCAGGGCAGCGUU